UUGAUGAUUGCUUGAAUCUGAAUUUGCUAAUAUUCAGUUUUCUUCAUGGUUGGGAUGUUUUAACAGAAGUUAACCAUUAUUGGAACAUGUCCCCAUGUUAUGUUGCAGUUGCAGUUUUACUCUUUGAGGAAGCAUUCCAUCAAAAAGCUACCAAAUUGAUUUGCCAAUUAUGACACUGUUAGCUAAGGCAAUCAAACAAUGCUUACGUUUUUUGCUUUGACAUGGUAGUGCUUUGGUUGCCCCUUGAAAAAGUCUUAUUUCGCUUGGCAACUACUUGCCAAGUCAUUAGCAGAGAAAUGGUUAAAAUUUAAAUUAGUCCAUCAGUUACAUAAGAGUAACUGUCAGACAGAUAUCCAGUCACUUGGUUUUAAAAAAAAAAAAAAAAAGAGCAACCCGGUUGCUUCAUUUCCCACAUGAUGAAAAGACACCGCACUGCAGAGAUGCUGCUACCGUUAACAGCAAAAAAGUCAGUUUUGCAUUGUCAUCUUUAAAAGAGAUCACCCUUUUGAAAAUGAACUUCUCUGAAGGGCUCAUGAGCUGAAUCACCCUUUCGUCUGCCCGCCAGAACAUGGGGAGCGUAAGCAGCCUCAUCGCCAGUGAAGAACUCAACAGUAAGCACGGCAAGGCCUCAGAGUUGAGGUUGAAAAACCGAACAAAUCAGCCCAGACGCAACGGUGGUUGCAGCCUUGAUGGCUUACUGAAAUGCGGCUUCUCCUCCUCCCCCGUUCACCUCCCCAAAGGCCUCUCGCACUCCCGGUCGGGACGAAGCGAGGACUUUUUUUACAUUAAGGUGAGCCAUAAACCGAGGCCAGCAAACAACAGAAGAGGAUCAACAGAAGGCUGUGUCAGUAGCAAGAACGGAGUAGAAAAAUCUGACGUGCGACCGAAACUGAUCCUCAUGUCAGGGACGGACGGGACCACUGCUGAAAAGUCGCUGGUCCGGUCCACUGCAUACAAGACUUUAAUUCCCGGAGGUGUAUGCUCCACCGAGGCACAACGUAACAGCUUGGACCACAUCCUCAGCCAGCUGGACAAACCAAAGAGUCUUGACAUUCAACACAAACGAGGCGCCUCCUCUGGUAAUCUGUCGGACUCUGGUCGGAACUCAAUGUCAAGCCUUCCCACUCACAGCACCAGCGGUAGCCUAAGUGCUUCCACAGGCCCUGUCAGUCACAGCGAUGGUAGCUCCACUCCCACCAAUUGCCUCCGCAUAGGAGCUCAGCCCAAUUUGUCCCCCUGGGUGAACAGCGGUAGUCAAGACGGUGGCUACAGGGCUAGUUUGAGCCCAGGGGGCUUGUCAUCAAAGGCGCACGCUGACAGUGGCUCCCCGCUAUCUUCAGAUCGUCCGAAACGUCUCUCUGAAACUGUGGGAGGGAGUCGGUCCCCUCUGACGACAGAUGAGUCACUGAUUGAAACGUUGGAACAAAGACUAUUAGAGAGAGAAAAUGGACUGCAGGAGUUACAGGUGAAGGAAGCAGCCACCUGCCAGUUGUUUGAUGACAGACAAAAGCACUGCACCACCGAGAUCCGAGAACUGAACCAGCAACACUCCGCGACAUUACAAGCAGCCUCGCAGAUGGCCGCAAGUACCCAGCAAGCACUGCACAUGCAGGUCGGCCAACUCCAGUCAGAAAAUGAGAAGCUCAAGGAGGAUCUAGCGAAGCUAAGUCAAGAGAGGGAAAUUGUCAAAAGAAAGCUGAAGGCCUACGAGGAGGAGAGCACGCAACUCGCGCCAACGCUUGAGGAAACUCAGUGGGAGGUGUGCCAGAAAGCAGGAGAGAUCUCCCUUCUGAAGAAGCAGCUGCGAGACAGCCAGGAGGAUGUCAGCCACAAGCUCAACGAAAUAGUCGGCCUGAGGGCACAACUCAGGGAAAUCACAGCCAAGGCAGAGAUGCUUGUGAUAGAGAACAAAGACAGCGGCGACAGGCUGCGCUCUCGCGCCAACGAUAUAGAGGUGUGCCAAAAUAAACGCCAGCGCAAGAAGAAAGAAACUGACCCGCUGGGAGUAAAAGUGGACAAAGCGGAGAAAGACAUUGAGGGAAAAGCCAAACACCAGAAGCCGCAUCAACAACUUCAGCCUUGUGGUCAUACACAAGACACAGAGAGAAUCACUUCAGUCCACAAAACAAGAGAGGACCCUGAGGGGCAAACCUCCACAAAACUCCUCCAGAAAGAAGUGGAGAAACUGAGGCAGCAACUCAGCGAGGAAAAGGCAGCUCAGGAGAAGCUAGUGACCAACUUCGACCAGGAGAGGCGCACAUGGAACAAGGAGAAGGACAAGGUGAUCAAAUACCAGAAGCAGCUCCAGAUCAACUACCUGCAGGUACACAAGAAGAACCAAGACCUGGAGCGGCUCAUGAAGGGGCUGAGUGCUGAGCUGGAGGUCCGAGCGGAGCUGGGCCUGGACCUCAAAUACACCUCAGGGUUACAGACCUACGAUGACGUGAUCGCCACUGAGAUAUGACUGCCUGCUUUCACUUGUACUUGAGUCCUUUUGGGUUUUGUCAAAACCCUAUAGACACUGGAGGCCAUUGCCAAUGCUAAUUACUGUUCUUGUAGGACUUUUUAAAUCAAUAGAUUUCAGCUUUUCUGACAUUUAGUUGAAUGAAUCAAAAAUACUAAAUGUCUUAAUUGUGUUGGAAAAUAUUAAUUUAUUUAAGGUUGCAAAUGUUUUUUAUUGCUAUUUUUUGUACUCUACAGGACCUUCUAUCACUAAAAUCAACUACAAUUUAUAAAAUGAUAUGUUGGGAACUUGCAUUUAUGAGAGUUGCUUAACAUUUGUUUCCACCAGAAUGAAAAUACUUCAUCGGCUGCGCAAAAACGACACGCUUCUCGCUGAAUAAUAUGCAAUAAAAU